AUGUCAUCACCAUCCAAAACCAUUUCUCCCUACGUGCUCAUUGUUACACUUUUCCUCUUGGUGAUAUUUAUUGCGAACAAUGAUGUGACCUUUCAAGUCUUUGGAGCAGGAGCUUCAUCUGAAAACUAUUCCAUGGACAAGACUUCAUACAUUCCAACGACCGUCUAUACCUCAACAACCAGUACAGGUGGAGGAAAUGGAGUGGUUGGAAAAUCGAGUUAUUCCACCUAUUUUUCUUCUUCCACUUCUUCGUACCCACCGACGCCUACUGCUGCAAUACCACUCGCAACACCACAACCCAUCUUGCAAUCACAAUACUUGACGAUCAAUCCUCAACCUCUUCCUCAACCUAUCGCAGGUCCAGGAGGGUCCACAAUGGUUCCACAAGCCUAUCCUUAUUCGACCACUGCUCCACUGGUUCAAGCGUAUCCUCAACCAAUGCCAAUAAUGGGAGGACAACCUUAUCCAUAUGGUUAUGCACAGCCCUUACCUCAACCGAUACCACAACCAGUCCCAGGUGCUGCUGUCAUUCCACAACCUGUACAACCUAUUGCACAGCCAAUGCCUAUUGGUCAACCUGUAUCUCAACCUGUACCUCAACCAAUGCCAUUACCACAACCUGUACCUCAGCCUGUUCCUGUAGGUGGUGGAGGAGUGAUUGUUGGACAACCAUUGCCUCAACCAAUACCAGUGGCACAACCCAUGCCUCAGCCUGUUCCAAUUUAUGGUGGCUACGGUGGCUAUGCUGCACAACCUCUUGUGCCUGUCUAUGGAGGAGGCGGAGUAGUAUUGCCAGCCCAACAACCGUUUACCAUUGAUGGUGCGGCCACUGUGAUCACGUACGCACAACCACUUCCACAACCAAUUCCACAACCUGUCCCAGGUGCUGCUGUCAUUCCACAACCUGUACAACCAGUACAACCUGUCGUGUUGGUGGAUGACACACCUCCAUGUAAGGCUUCAGGAACCUGUCAUAAAGGAGACUCCUCCAUAGGUAAUGUAGUUGUUCCUCAAUCUGCCUCUCAACCAGUGACAGUGCCAGUCCCAGGACCAGGCGUGGAUGUUUAUGCAAAACCUCCUGUUGAUAUUUAUGCAAAACCUCCAGUUGACGUAUAUGCAACACCUCCAGUUGAUGUGUAUGCAAAGAACGUUGAUGUGUAUGCCCAGACCAACUCCAAAUGCAUUAAUCAACUCAAAUCUUUAACAAGCUUGGCCAUUAGUGGCACAUCUUCUGUAUGCACGUCUGUGAUGAAUUGCAUGCUUAAUUACACCAUCAAUUAUAUUCAAUACGGACUGAACGCUCUAAGUGCAUCAAGUGCAUCCAACAUUAUUCAACUUUCUCUCAAUCCAAAAGACGAAGUUAAUAUAUUAUGGUCCACAUUGGAGAAUCUUGCUGGACGUUUAGCAGACGAUGGAUAUGGACCUGCAGUGACAACCCCUUCCACAAAUGCUGCUUGUACAGCUGAUUUAUCACCAGUGUUUUCCAGAUUUACGAAGGGAGGAACAAGCAGCACGUCAGGUGUUGUUUUUGUCAACUCUUGUUGGGCUCGACUUGCUAAAGCUCCAUUACCCUACGUUCCUACACAAUUGAAACCUGGUGCUGUUUCACACGGAGAUCGAUUCAAAUUCCCAGAUGAUGUUGUGAAUCCAAACAAUGUGAUUGCCAAUUAUUACGUUUUGAGUGCUUUGCGAGUGGUCAACUUUUCACUCUACUACUUUAAGCAAUGCAUGAGUGAGCCAAUGCUUGCUGCAUUUACCUCUGCAGCUUCAACACUAACUGAAGUUUCCAAUUUGAUUGCAACAGGAAACAUUGAUAGUGCCAUAACUACCUUAACACAAUUACAAAACACUUUGAGAAAUCUUCAAUAA